AUGCGACAGUCACUUCUUUGGCUUACCCUUGGGUCCCUCGCCAAUGAGGUAUUAUCAAGACCAACGAACCACACUUCUGAUACCUUUAGGGUGCAUUGGAUUGGCGAACCUCCCGAAUAUACCUCAGGGACGACAUUCGGACUCCCUUGGCCCCAAGGGAAGUACAGAUUCAACGACACUCUGUUCAGCAUCGUUGGAAAAACAAGCGAACAGAUCCCACUGCAGUCUUGGGUGACCGGUUACUGGCGUGACGGCUCCAUCAAAUGGACUGGGCAUGCUAUUCCACCGCUUGACAAUGUCAGCUCGGAGCACACCAUCAGAGCUUCAUCAUUCGCACACAGCAAGCAUUCAACCAACUCAAGUACUUCGUCUGGCGUGAAAGUUGCCAAUACGGCGGACGAAGUCAGUGUCGACACUGGUAAAAUCACAGUCUCGUUUCCUAAGCAAGGAAACUCGAUAAUAGGCUCUAUCAGGACUUCGAGUGGAAAGGUCGUCGGCGAGAAUGGAAAACUGGUUCUCCACUCCCAAUCGGGAGUCGCGGAGGACGUUGCGGCCCGGACCAACACUUCCAUCAAUUAUUUCAAUUUUGACAGCGAUAUACAGCAGGUUUCUGUGAAUAACGACACAUCUGUCCGCGCGGUGGUCACUGUCAAAGGAAAGCACAAGGUCACAAGUGGAGGAGACCACGACGACUGGCUUCAAUUCACCUUGCGCUUUUACCUAUACACCAACUCGGAUUCUAUCAGAAUCGUCCACAGCAUUGUAUUUGACGGAAAAGCAGACAAUUACUUUGUCAGUGGGUUGGGAAUCCAGUUUCAUGUUCCCUUGGCCGGCGAAGAAUUAUACAAUCGCCAUAUCAGACUACCAGGAGUCAACGGGGGCUUUCUCCAUGAAGCUGUCCAAGGUAUCACGGGUCUGCGGCGCGAUCCAGGCGAAGAAGUCCGUUUAUCUCAAUUUGAGGGAAAGGAGACACCUGAGCUGGGCACUUGGGAUGAGAGCGUUUCUUCUCGCAUCCAGUACAUCCCCGCGUGGAACGACUACAAACUGAGCCAAUUAUCCCCCGACGGUUUCACUAUCAAGAAACGAACAAAGCCCGGACAGGGGUGGAUUGAUAUUCCCGGUGGAACGCGCUCUCACGGGCUUACUUAUCUGGGUGGUGCCACCAAAGGUGGGCUAGCAGUUGGCCUGCGCGACUUCUGGAAGAGACAUCCCACUAGCAUCGACGUCUCGAGCGCCACGUCCGAUCAAGGAUCUCUCACUAUCUGGCUAUACAGUCCUGAAGCCGCUCCGCUAGAUCUCAGAGCGUACCACGAUGAGUCGGGAGAAGACACAUACGCCAAGCAACUGGAAGCACUAGAGAUUACUUAUGAAGACUACGAGCCCGGUUUCAACACGCCAUACGGGAUAGCAAGGACUAGCGAGAUCUUUCUAUAUGCGUUCGAUCAGACUCCCUCCGCUGAUACGCUAGCAAAGCUAAGCAAGCAUGCCAAUGAACCACCCGUUCUAGCAGCAGAACCACGGUACAUCCGAGAGACAAAGGCAAUCGGAUCAUACUGGUCUGUCCCUGAUAUCUCCGAAAAUAGAAACAACAACAACAACAACAACAACAACAACAACAACAACAACAACAACAACAGCAAGUCCGCGGCACUCGAGAGCCACCUCGACUUCCUGGUAAAAUUCUACCAAGGGCAGGUCGACUAUCGUCGGUGGUACGGCUUCCUGAACUACGGCGAUUUCAUGCACACCUACGACGACGACAGACACAUCUGGCGAUACGACAUUGGCGGAUACGCCUGGGACAACUCGGAGCUGUCCCCCGACCUCUUCCUCUGGCAAUACUUCCUGCGGAGCGGCCGCGCGGAUGUCUACCGGCUCGCAGAGGCGCUAACACGCCACACGGGUGAAGUAGACGUUUACCAUAUCGGCGACUGGAAAGGCCUAGGAACCCGACACGGAGUGCAGCAUUUUGGUGACAGCGCGAAGCAGGUUCGUAUAGCUCAGCCCCAGUACCGGAAGUACUUCUACUAUUUGUCCGGGGGUGAUGAGCGAGUCGGGGAGCUAUUGGACGAGGCUCUAGAUACCGAUAAAACAUACGGAACCUUGGACCCGCAGAGAAAAGUCCGCGACGAUGGCUGGACACCCGAGCCCAAUAAACCUACUGCCAUAUCUCUCGGCACCGAUUGGGCCGGUCUUGCGGCUGGCUGGCUUCUUGAAUGGGAGCGCCGUGGGCCUCGGUGGUUGGAAGCGAAAAGAAAGUUGACCGGUACCGCGGGGGGAAUCGCAAAUCUGACGAAUGGCUUCGUCACAGGGUCGGGCUUAUACGCUAUUACCAAUGGCACGUUGCUUCCCCCGCCAACUGAUCCGAACAACACGGGUAUCGUGUCCAUCUCCCACUUGAAUGCGGUGUUUGGCUUGCCGGAGGUACUUUCAGAGUUGCUCGAGUAUUGGGGCGGUGAUGCUCCUCAAGGUCUACGAAGCGCCUGGCUGGAUUAUUGCUAUUAUUACGGUGCAACGGCCGACGAACAAAAAGCGCGCUAUGGGGAGGCGUUCACCAAGACCACAUUGGUACAAGGCCACUCACGGUUGACAGCGUAUUACGCGCAGCAAGACAACGACAAUGGGACUGUGGGACAGCGCGCAUGGGACGAAUUCUACGGUGAUAACGAUGGCUCUGACGGUCUGACAGAGGAUGAUCCAUGGGCUACAGUGAGAGUAAACGGGAGCGCCGUGAUUAUUCCUGUCGAGGAGGCUACAUGGAUAUCUACAAACGCCGUUGCUCAAUAUGGGCUGGCUGCGAUUCAAAACUUGGCUUUUGUAAGAGAGGUGAGCAACUAG